AUGGAAAAGAAAGCGAAGGAGAGGCGGAGAGGGAGAAGAGGGUCAAGAAGGAAAUGGAAAAGAAAGAGAAGGAGAGGCGGAGAGGGAGAAGAGGGUCAAGAAGGAAAUGGAAAAGAAAGAGAAGGAGAGGCGGAGAGGGAGAAGAGGGUCAAGAAGGAAAUGGAAAUGAAAUGGAAGGAGAGGCAGAGAGGGAGAAGAGGGUCAAGAAGGAAAUGGAAAAGAAAGAGAAGGAGAGGCGGAGAGGGAGAAGAGGGUCAAGAAGGAAAUGGAAAUGAAAUGGAAGGAGAGGCAGAGAGGGAGAAGAGGGUCAAGAAGGAAAUGGAAAAGAUAGAGAAGGAGAGGGAGAAGAGGGUAACGGAGGAAAUGGAGCAGGUGAGAGAUUGA